AAUAUAAAUAGAAUGUGAGGUUGUGAGAGACAUUCAGACACACUGAGCAGACUGACUGGUAGAAUGGCUCUGACAGCGAUUACUCUUCUGUGCUUUGCAGCUUUGCUGCCUUUCCCAGGGCUGGCACUGCCUGCAGACUCAGGCAAGCUGGAACAGGUCCCUGUUAAGGUGACUGUUAUUAAUGAUUUCACAAAUGAGGUUCUUUCCUACUCCACCACUGUGAUAGAGGAAGGGCUGAUGUUUGGUGUCUUAAAUCAACUGCAGGACACCAGCAACGACUUCAAAUUCUCAUACACUAUUCACAAAACCAUGGGCAUAUAUCUGGAGAGUGUAAAUGGAUUGGCUGGAUCUGAUAAGGACCAGACAUACUGGGAGCUUCUGUCUGAGAAAGCAGGAGUUAUAACCCGACUGGAAGUGGGAAUUGGCUGCUACCAACCCCAGAGAGAUGAGAAUAUGAUCCUGAGGUUCACCACUUGGGCCAAAAAAUAGUUAUAUUUAGUGGUUUAAAUGCUACUGCUGAAUUAAUUCCACAUCUUGUUGAUCUCGUCAUCAAUGUAAAGUUUAAGUGAGUGGAUAAACUCAUAAUUUCAUUGUAUCUACAUUAGUAUGAUACUCUAAUAAACAUAGAGCAAAUGGAA